AUGGCACAGUCCAAACUGGAAAACCAGACAGUGCUCACUGAAUUCAUUCUGCUGGGGUUUGGCAAUCUGGGAGAUCAGUGGUCCCUUCUCUUCUUUCUCUUCUCAGUGAUCUACAUUGUGACCAUGGCUGGAAAUAUCCUCAUCAUUGCCCUGGUGGUGGUUGAUUGCCACCUUCACACCCCCAUGUACUUCUUUCUGGGUAACUUGUCCUGCCUGGAAACUUGCUACAGCUCCAACAUCCUUCCCUUGAUGCUGGCUAAUUUUUUCAAUGGGGGGCAAAGGGUGAUUUCUGUAACUGGCUGCAUGAUACAGUAUUACUUUUUUGGCUUCCUGGCUGCUUCUGAAUGUUAUCUCCUAGCUGCAAUGUCCUAUGAUAGGUAUGUAGCAAUAUGUAAACCGUUGUUCUACACAACUCUCAUGAAUAGCAAGGUUUGCUUCCAGCUAGUGGCUUGCUCUUGGAUAAGUGGUUCAUUGGCUAUUAACAUAACUAUAUAUUUAAUGCACCAAUUAAAGUUCUGUGGCUCAGGAGAAAUCAACCAUUUCUUUUGUGAUUUCAAUCCAAUAUUAAAGCUGUCAUGCAGUGACACACAAAUAAUCAAACCAUUAACAGCCUUCUUAGCAGCCGUGUGCUCCUUGCCUCCGUUUUUGUUGACCUUGGCAUCUUAUAUCUACAUCAUAUCUACAAUUGUGAGAAUCCCAUCCAUCAGCGGGAGGCAAAAGGCCUUCUCAACCUGCUCCUCACACCUCAUCGUUGUGUCCAUUUUCUACAGCACAAUAAUGAUUGUCUACAUUUUGCCCAAAACAGAUACACUGCAAGACCUCAACAAAGUCUUCUCCCUUUUCUAUACAGUCCUGACACCUUUGUUCAAUCCUCUGAUAUACAGCCUUAGAAACAGGGAGGUGAAGGUGGUCUUCAGAAAAGCUGUCACUAAAUUUUGUGCAUCCAAAAGAAUACAGAGCUUUAAGUGA